AUGUCAGAGAAUCUUGAACAGCCAACAAAAAUAGGCAAGGAGGCCAUGGCCGCUGUUGACUCGGAACCGGCUAAGGCCCUGGAGCUUCUGCACGAGGGCGAGGUUGUCGAAGAUGUCAACUCCCAGGAAGCAAACAAGAAGCUGCGUUGGAAACUUGAUUUGACUCUCCUCCCCCUGCUGUGCUUGACCUAUGCUCUGCAAUCUAUCGACAAGACGACCCUGGGCUAUGCCGCUGUGUUUGGCCUGGAAGAGGACUUGCAUCUUGUCGGCACUGAAUACUCUUGGCUAGGUGCCAUAUUCUACCUGGGAUACCUGAUCUGGGAGUUCCCUACCAAUUUAUUGCUGCAGAAGCUUCCUAUAAGCCGCUUCAUGUCAGGGACUGUAAUUAUCUGGGGCAUUGUGCUCAUUUGCCAUGGGGCAGCAAAGAACUUUGCCGGCGAGGCAACUACUCGCUUUUUCCUGGGUGUAUUCGAGGCAUCCAUCAACCCAGGCACAAUGUUGCUCUUUUCCAUGUACUACGAGCGCCGCGAGCAGCCUCUUCGCAUGGGCAUCUGGAUCGGAUCCGCGGGUCUCGGAUACGUGAUCGCUGGCAUUGCCAGUUUCGGUAUUGGCCAUAUCAAAUCCUCCAUUUCCAGCUGGAGACUUCUUUUCAUCAUAUGGGGCUCCAUCACGGCUGCAUGGGGCAUAGCAUUGCUGUUCCUACUCCCUGGAUCCCCCCUCACCACAAAGUUUCUGACCGAGCAUGAACGGGCGUUGGUCGUCAAUCGAGUCAAGGGAAACGGCACCGGGAUUGAGAAUAGAGCAUUCAAAUGGCCUCAGUUUAGAGAGGCCAUGAUGGACCUCAAGACAUGGCUUCUUUUCCUCUUCGCUGUGACUAGCAAUUCGCCCAAUGGAGGAUUGACCUCGUUUCAAAGCCUGAUAAUUAAGGGAAUGGGCUUCUCCACGCUUCAAACAACACUCAUCCAAAUGCCCUCCGGCGCUGUCCAGUUGAUAGUCUGUCCACUAGCCUGGAACAGCAGAUUGACAGUCAUGCUUCUUUGUCUUGUUCCGUUUCUAGUCGGGAUAAUUGGUCUGUGGCUAAUCGACGAAUCCAAGCCGUAUGGACGCUUGGUAUGCCUAUGGAUUUCAUUCACGUACACUGCGACAUGGACACUGUCCAUGUCAGUAGCCACAGCGAACACGGCAGGCCACACGAAGAAGAUCACCACAAACGCUCUGCUACUCAUCGGGUAUUGUCUCGGGAAUUUCGUGGGGCCGUUUUUCUUCAAAUCAUACCAGGCUCCCGAGUAUCCGCUUGGGGUGGCAAUGAUGUUCUUCUGUAUUGGCAUCCAGGUAGUGAGCCUUGCAGGAAUCUGGGUUCUCCUUUGGUGCCGUAAUCGCUCGCGUCGUGCUCUGCAUGCUGAUAUGCAGACGGCUGAGUUUCAUAUACUGGCGUACGAGAAGGGUCUGUUGGAUGAGACGGACUUGCAGAACAAGUACUUCAAAUAUGUGUACUAG